AUGUCCAACUUCAUUGGGUCUGAUCCUUACAAAUCGACGACAUUUGGGAAAUCUCUUUCUUUGCGCGUCGAUGGUGGCUUUAAUGCGGUAUCAAUCAAUCCCUCAGGAAGGGACGUUGUACUUGCAAGCCGGCAAGGCCUCUACGUGGUGGACCUUGACGACCCAUUCUCAGCUCCUCGAUGGCUACAUCACAUAACUUCAUGGGAGGUUGCAGAUGUCCAAUGGUCACCUCAUCCUGCCAAACCUUACUGGGUUGUGUCAACUUCCAAUCAGAAAGCACUUGUGUGGAAUUUAUCAAGAUCAUCGUCAAAUGCUAUUGAGCAUGUGCUUCACGGCCACUUUAGAGCUAUUACCGACAUCAAUUUUCACCCUUCUCAUCCAGAAAUACUGGCCACCUGUUCUAUUGACACAUAUGUACAUUCCUGGGAUAUGCGUAUCGCACAGCGUCCAUACUACAGCACUAGCGCCUGGCGUGCUGGUGCAUCCCAAGUUAAGUGGAACUUCCAAAAUUCUAACAUAAUGGCAUCUGCCCAUGCUAAUGAGGUAUUCAUAUGGGACUUACGCAAGGGUUGUACGCCUUUGCACAAAUUGCAAGGACAUAAAAGUAGCGUCAACAGUAUCGAUUUUAAUCGAUUCAAGGAGACAGAGAUUAUGUCCAGUUCAAAUGACGGAACUGUCAAAUUUUGGGAUUACUCGAAGAAUGUUGACGACCCUACAAGAACUGUUACUACCGAGUUUCCUGUAUGGAGGGGUCGCUAUUUGCCUUUUGGACAGGGCUACUGUAUUAUGCCUAUGGUAGGCGGCAAUAACUCCGUUUAUCUAUCGAACACAAAUGUUUCCAAUGAAGGGGACUCGCAUUCAAAGUUUCAGCCAGUAUAUGUCUUCAAAGGUCAUAGCGAUCGUGUAACUGAUUUUCUAUGGAGGUCAAGACAUUCAUAUGAUACGCAAGUGGAUGACAGAGAAUUUCAACUGGUAACGUGGUCAAAAGAUUGUGACCUACGCCUGUGGCCGGUCACUAAUGCUACUUACGAGAAGGUGAAUUUUGAAAGGAAUAAGCAACUCCAUGAGAAAUUGCCUAAUUAUGAUUAUGUUUCUUUUAGAAAGGAGCCUGUUGUCGCUAAUACUGAGGCAAGUAAAGUUUCAAAACUGAAAGAAACAUUUGUCACCAAAUCUGGACUGGAGUUAUCUAAUAAGAAAGACAAAGUUAAUCAUUUAGCAUGGGUUUCGGGUGUUAGGAUGCACCACGCAGGUUCAGCUCACGACUUAUUUGACGAAGCUAGAGUUCAAAAUCUAGGUGAAGAAGUUAGCAUGGUUGGACAUAAAUUUCCUAAAAUUGUAUUCGAGAAAAUUUCUGUUUCAACCGGUGUUCUGGUGCUGACGCUGAAUGGUCCCUGGUCAAAUGAGAAUCCCGAAGACUAUAUAUUCCUAAGGAUAGAAAUCAAGUUCCCUUCGAAUUAUCCGCAAAAGAACAAUGCUCCGGUAUUUAAGAUAGAGGAAAACAGGGAAUUGACGCAAGAGCGCCAUCAGGAGUUAAUGCAAAAAUUGAAAGAGAUAGGAAAGAAAUAUACUGACGCUGGAAAAUAUUGUCUGGAACCCUGUUUGAGGUUCAUUUUAGGUGAAAAAGUUAAUCUGGAUAUAUUGGAUGAAGAGGAGGAUCAUUUACUUAACUUUGAUAUCGCCGACCAAGUCGGAUUUGAUGAUUAUUCUUCCCUUGAGAGUUCCGAUGACAGAUCACCACUGGCCUCUGAUGCAUCUGCCAUUUCUGAAGACGAGGCAAAAGAUAUCAAUAAUAAAAGCAGCAACGAAAAUUUCUUAGCAGCGUCAACAGCAGAUAUGGCCUUCGAUAGUACCCCUGUUCCGAAAGGAUGUGGUGCCAUUUGGACACCUACAGGUCAAUUAGUUUGUUUUUUUAUGCUAGAUAACAAAUCCGGUAGGAAGCAGCAGAGCAUACUAAAGCUGGGCCAAAGGGGAUUCAGUGGGUUUAAAGAGAACAAUAAUCCGGAAAUCAUCUAUGAUGAUGACCAAAAACCAUCAGAUAUUCAGAAAAGGCCCAAGCGUUAUAUUGAUACAAUAUCGGCUUCAUCUCGUCAUAAUAGUGAGCUACAUUCAGACAAUGACACGGCAUCUGAGGAAAGCUCCGAUAGCUUUGGCGACGAUUGGAAUGAGAUAAUGAAGAGUGAUAUAACACUGAGAACGAAAAUACCGCUCUUCCCCAAUUUCAAGAACACUUUAGCCUCUAUAGGAUCUGAGUCUGGAAGAAGUAACGAUUCUAUGAAACGGGCUAAAAACGUUGUUGUUAUUUGCGAUUUCAGCAAUUUAAUACCAGAUGAGCGGGAGUUGGCAUUAGAAUAUAAGGUUAGUGGUGAUACUCCAGAGGAGAUAUCGAAGCACAAUGCUCAAGUGGCAGAAAAGUAUGGCUACGAGGAAAUUUCUCAUUGCUGGCGGAUGAUUGCGAAUGUCUUGAUCGCCCGCGAAGAAAAUGACUUAUACAACUUUGGGUGGGAUCAACAUCCGCUCGGUGGCAAGUGGUUUAUUCGAGAGGCGAUUGAAUAUUUUGAAAGAACUAAAAACGUACAAAUGUUAGCUAUGCUGAGCUGCAUUUUGGUCGAUCCCUCCAAGCCGUCUGCCAAUGUCGAGGUGCAAAAAAAAGCACCCAAAACAGUAGAGAAUGUCAUUACUUUUCACAAUGAUUACUACGAUUCUCCUCACUCUCAAUGUGCUUCUCGAAUGUCUAGCGAUUUCCUUAGCACAUCGGAUAAUGCGCCGGAAAUCAUUUCCCAAGUUAAGUUGAAAUACAACAACUUCGUAGACACGGGCUCUAUCAAAUCCGAAGACUAUUUCUCGACGAGCCUUCAUAACACGAGGGCAUUUCGAUCGAGGUCAUCGAGUGCCAUGCCUUACCAAGACUCAAACCUUCCACAUGUUUCAAUUCCUGACAUAAAGAUUGAAAUAAUCCACGACGACAUAUUAGAUCUUAUGGAAUACGAUGUACCGCCCUUACUCAAUCCUCUAGACGAGCCGAAGUUUCGUUCUUAUCGAUACCAGUAUGGUGAAUUACUCUACUACUGGGGUUUGCCUGUAAACAGAGCCGAGUUACUGAAAUAUAAUAUCAAUGCAAACACUGAGCCUGAAUUACUCGAUUCUGUGAAACUUGGUGCAAGAGAUGAAAAACCGUUAUUUCAAGGAAUAGCAUUUAAAUAUUUAGAGGAAUCCAACGACUACACGACAUCUAGGAACUGUAAUUACUGUGGAUUGAAGGCUGACCGGAGAGUGUUCGUUUGUGGUAAUUGUCAGCAUGUGCUCCACGCAAAGUGUGCGUCGAAUUGGUGGGAGGAUGGUGAUGAAUGUCCAUCCGGAUGUGGGUGCAUUUGUACUGAAAUGUUUGAUGUUAGCUGA